CAGGAGAUUGCGACCAUGCGAAUGCGGAUCCUGAAGAAGCAUGGCACGGGCAUUCCAGAUGACAAAGUUAUGAAGCUCAUCAAGGAAGAGUUUGGUGCUGUUGAAGAGCCCUCCCGGGCAGCACGGAGGAUGGCGGCCACCGAGAAGCUCUUCGGCGGUGGCAGGCCUUGGUCUCGGUUCUUUGUUGAAGCUCCGCAUGUGCUGACGAGGCGAAAGUCAGACUCCAAGAUAGUACCCAUCCAGAACUUGACCGACGAGGGCCCGGCGCAGACCAACGUCACCUUCACGUUUGAGCACAUGGAGUAUUCCUGCCUCGAGAGCUGCGACCGUUUGGAGCUGAUGAUUUGCCGCGACUCUGAUACGACAGCUCCGCUUGGAAAGGGCAGUGUGAUGUACAGAACUGUCGAGGUCACGGCCAAGGAUAAAAAGGACUUCAUCGCCUCUGAAGGAGUCAUAGAGUUUGACGAGGAUGACACGGAAAAGCUGUUGAUGAUUAAGAUCCUGGAUGAUGACGAGCACGAACCUGACACCUAUUUCAACAUCGAGUUGCACAGUCCUGUGACGGGGGAUUUCAACGCUGUGGCCACGCUCGGGAAGAAUCCAACGGCACAUGUGAGGAUUGUGGACGACGACGCAGUGGGCGUUCUGGCUUUCAGACACUCCGAAAUCAAGGUCAAAGACGACUUUACGGAUGACAAGGUGGUCAACAUCACUGUUCUUCGGCAGGCAGGUGCGAAAGGGAAGAUUUCCUGUGAGUACCACACGGAAGAUGGGACUGCGAUUCACGGCAUCGACUACGACGAGACCUCUGGAACGCUGGAGCUUGACGACCAGGAGACUGAAGCAGAGAUCAGCGUUGUCAUCAAGCCCAAAGGCCGAACGGACAGCUUCUCCAUCUUCAGACUGUACAUUGAAGAGGCGUCCGGGGGCGCCACCUUUGCGGCGCACACCGACGGGGGCGAGGAGUGCUGCAUUUGCACCAUCGUCAUCGGCACCGACACCGUUGAGAAGCGACGAACCGAGAAGUUCCUACAGGCGUUCAAGGUGAACUGGGAAGUGCAGGUCAUGGCCAGAGAGAACUGGAAGGACCAGUUCAUCGACGCCAUCUUCCUCCAGACCGAAGAAGCCGAGGGCUGCGAGCUGGUCACGGCCUGGGUCUUCCACAUCAUCACAAUGCCGUGGAAGGUGAUCUUCGCUCUCCUUCCCCCAGUCGACUACUGCGGAGGGUGGCUUUGCUUCCUCACCUCCCUCAUGAUGAUUGGGGCAGUCACGGCACUCAUAGGCGAUUUGGCGGAGCUCUGCGGAUGCGUGGUGAACAUGCCCGACGCGAUCACUGCCAUAUCCCUGGUGGCUCUGGGCACCAGUCUGCCAGACACCUUCGCUUCCAAGACGGCGGCAGAGCAGGAUCCCACGGCGGAUGCCUCCAUCGGCAACGUGACCGGCAGCAACUCGGUGAACGUCUUCCUGGGCCUUGGCUUCCCUUGGACCAUCGGAGCGGUCUACUGGGCGGCCUUAGGCGCCCUGCCGACUACUCAUCCUUGGUUCGAGAAGUAUGCCGGGAACAGCGUGAUAACCGACUAUCCGAGCGGCGGCGUCUUUGUGGUGCUUGGCGGGAACCUGGGAUUCAGCGUCGCAGUAUUCUGCUGCUGCGCACUCUCCUGCAUCCUGGUGCUCCUGCUGAGGAGGUGGUUCGCCGGUGGCGAGCUGGGCGGUCAUAGAGGCCUGGCGAGAGCCACCUCGUGCUUUCUUGUUGGCCUUUGGCUGCUUUACGUGGGACUGUCGUCCUGGAAUGUCCUGUCUGAAGAUUCACCCUGCUGAGGCUUCUGGUCUUGUUUGGCCAUGCCAGACACUGGAGGCUGUGCAACACUUCGCUUAGCGGCGGAGCGGAAAGCACGCGGCGCUCUCAAACAACAACACCGUUUGUGAACGCCUAAACGCGUUUCCGCGUUUCAGAAAUCGUUUCACGCUAAUGCACAGGUCACGGGCACUGCGCUCUUAAAGAGCGAGUGCAGCUUGACACUGUUCACCCACCGGGAAACUGGUUUGUAUGAUACAACCUGUCAGGCCACUUGUGACACCUUGGCUGCUUUGAAUCC